AUGAGUGGUACAACUGCGAUUAUUGUCCUUGUUAUAAAUGAUAAGCUUUACGUGGCUAAUGUCGGCGAUUCAAGAGCUCUGAUCUCCGUUAAACCUGACCAUCAAGGUUCUGUAACUCAACACACUCAUAAUCAUCCAUUCUUUGUUCUUGCAAGUGACGACAUAUUUGAGUUCUUAUCAAGCCAAACUAUUGUUGGUAUGUUGCAAUUGGUGUCACAAGCUGUUCUUCUUGCUAAUCUGAUAACUGUUGGACCCGAUAUGUCUCAUUUGCAGUUAAUCAUCAAUGAAUACUCCAUAAGGCUGGUUCGAGAAGAGCAAGGAAAGCAGCCAUGGCAAUGCAGGUGA